AUGCAGCGAGCUCAGUCAGAAGUCCAGGGAGUCCUCCAUGGCAAAACACGCGUGGUAGAGUCCGACAUCCAGGAGAGGCUCCCAUACCUGCAGACGGUGAUCAAGGAAACGCUUAGGCUGCACCCUCCUGUGCCGCUGAUCCUCCCACGGCUGUGCUCUGAGUCCACCGAGGUCCUAGGCUUCCACGUGCCUCAGGGCACCACGGUGUUCGUCAACGUGUGGGCGAUCGGCAGGGACGAGAGGUCGUGGCCUGACGCCGACGAGUUCAAGCCCGAGAGGUUCGAGGACGGCGGUGCGGUGGAUUUCGCCGACGGCGCCGACGACUUCAGGUUCCUCCCCGGCGGCGCUGGCCGGAGGAUGUGCCCGGGCAUGGCGUUCGGUCUGGCCAACAUCGAGAUCGCGCUCGCGAGCCUCCUGUGUCACUUCGACUGGAAGCUGCCUGGCAGAGCAAAUCCGUGUGAGAUGGACAUGGCUGAAUCGUAUGGAAUCACGGCACGCCGGAAGUCUCCUCUCUUGUUGGAAGCUGUUCCAUGUGUUCCUCUUCCUCCACCCAUGGAUCAGAAUCUUCGCUCUCGUGAUUGA